UCACUCAUGCGCAUGCGCACGAUGUGCACUUCCUAUUGUCACUGUUUGUAGUAUUUGUGCAUAUCCAUGUCGCUUGAAACUAUAGUAUUGUUUAUGUCUGCUCACAUCUCGUUACUUGAUGCUUACUUUCCUUUUCUCCGCCGUUUUUUGCGCCACAUACCUGUCUCCCAUCAUCAGUCAUGUUAAAGGCAGAGAUUUUACUGAGCAGGAAAUGUCUCAUUACAGGGACAGAAUAAAGUCGAUGUUUUAUCAUGCUUACAACAGCUACUUAGAAAACGCAUAUCCUUAUGAUGAGCUGAGACCUCUGACGUGUGAUGGACAGGACACAUGGGGAAGUUUUUCCCUCACACUCAUUGAUGCUCUGGACACAUUGCUGGUAUUGGGAAACCACACAGAGUUCCAGCGCGUGGCCACUCUGCUUCAGGACACGGUGGAUUUUGACACGGAUGUAAAUGCAUCUGUGUUUGAGACGAACAUACGAGUGGUUGGUGGGCUUCUCUCGGCUCAUCUGCUCUCCAAGCGUGCUGGGAUGGAGGUGGAGGAGGGCUGGCCCUGCUCUGGACCCCUCCUGCGCAUGGCAGAGGACGCCGCACGCAGACUGCUGCCUGCUUUCCAGACGCCCACAGGGAUGCCGUAUGGCACGGUGAACCUCCUGCGGGGGGUGGACCCCACUGAGACCCCCGUCACCUGCACUGCUGGAGUGGGCACCUUCAUCCUGGAGUUCUCCACCCUCAGCCGCCUGACCGGAGACCCUGUGUUUGAGAACGUGGCUCGCAAAGCUCUCAGGGCCUUAUGGAGAAAGCGCUCAGAAAUUGGCCUGGUGGGCAAUCAUAUAGAUGUCAUAACUUCUAAGUGGGUUGCUCAGGACGCAGGGAUCGGGGCGGGGGUGGACUCGUACUUCGAGUAUCUCGUAAAGGGGGCCAUCCUGCUGCAAGAUGAGGAGAUGCUGGCAAUGUUUCAAGAAUUUGAUAAGUCCAUAAAGAACUACACUAAGUUUGAUGAUUGGUAUCUGUGGGUGCAGAUGCAUAAAGGAACCGUAUCAAUGCCAGUGUUUCAGUCUCUGGAGGCGUUCUGGCCUGGACUGCAGAGUUUGAUGGGUGAUAUUUCCAGUGCCACAAAGACCUUCCAAAACUACUACAGUGUUUGGCGUCAGUUCGGAGGCCUCCCAGAGUUCUACAGCAUUCCUCAAGGCUACACCGUGGACAAGCGCGAGGGCUACCCUCUGCGGCCAGAGUUGAUCGAGAGCGCCAUGUAUCUGUACAAGGCCACCGGCGACCCGACGUUCAUGCAGCUUGGCCGGGACGCAAUCGAGUCGAUUGACAAAAUCAGCCGGGUGAACUGUGGUUUUGCCACUGUGAAGGACGUAAGGGACCACAAGUUGGACAACCGCAUGGAGUCCUUCUUCCUGGCCGAGACCAUUAAAUACCUCUACCUCCUCUUCGAUCCUGAAAACUUCCUUCACAACACGGGCACUGAGUUUGAGCUCGGCGGCCUGCAGGGGGACUGCGUUCUCAGCGCGGGGGGGUACAUAUUUAACACGGAGGCUCACCCGCUCGACCCCGCCGCGCUCCACUGCUGCAGCCGAUCCCGGGACGAGCACAGGGAACUACAGGACAUACUCCUCAGCUUCUCAGAACCACUCAGGCCUCCCGCGGACACAUCAGAGGAGACGUCAGGGCACCGGAGCGCCCCGGAGAGCAUCGCACUGAAGCCAGGAGAGAAACGAAAACCUCCUGCGCUCUCCUGCCCCGUGCAGCCGUUCAGCGCCAAACUGGCCGUCAUGGGUCAAGUCUUCUCGGACAACUCUUGAACAGACGUUCGCACCGCUAACAAUGUGUAAAGAUGUAGAUUAUCUUUGUAAUUUAACUUUGGAGAGAUUAAAUGUUUUCUAAAAAUGUGUGGAUUUUUUCCCCCACUCUUUUUAUUAAAAAGUUUUAGAUAACAAAAA